AUGGAAAUUGAAUUUAUAAACAAACUCGAAAAAGCAUGUUUGGAUUUAACAUCACAAAAAAAUGAACAAAGAAAGAAUGGUGAGGAAAGUAUUUCAAUGUUAAUGAAGACACCUCAACCAUAUAGCCUUUGUUUCAAUUUGUUGGCAAAGAGUACAAGUACAUUUGCACAUUUUUAUUCAUUGUUGAUGAUUAGAGAUAGUGCUGUUAGAGAAUGGGCUGCAUUAGAGUCAUCCCUCAAGAUCUUUAUCAUCGAAACAUUGUUUCAAUAUAUAGAAAAUCAAAAAUCAAUGAACUUUUUAAACUAUGCAACAAAGAAUCAAUCAUUUAAUACUUUAGGUGUGGUUUGCAAAAGAGGUUGGCUAGACACUGACAAAUUUAAUGGUAAUCAAGAAUUAAAUCAAAUUAUUAUGGAAAAAGUGUAUCAGUAUUUGGACAGCUCAAUAAACUCAUUUUCACCAGAUACCAUCGAUCUCUCUAUUCGUAUUGUCAGUUCAUUAAUCAUCGAAUUCUCUUCAGGUAGUAAGGCUGCUCAUAUUCAACUAAGUUGGGAAUUUCAUCAAAAGUGUUUAUUAACUUUUCAGAAUCUCCAUCUCCAACCAGCUUUUCGUAAAAUCAUGGAACUAUUACACAAAUUUCAAAAUCAUAUUCAACAACAGCAAUCACUUUUAAAUGAUAAAAACUUUACCUCACUCUUACAUAUGACCAUCAAGUGUUUUACAGAUAUCUUAGACUGGCGUUUCCUCGAAUCUGGAUCACCUACAUUAGCCUACAUCACUUCAUUCAGCACAGUCCAACCAAAUUUAAAACCAACAAUGGAAUGGGCACAACUAUUCACCCAAAGCCCAUUUCCUGUUUUAACUCUUAUCUUUUCACUUUACAGACAAUUGGAGAAUUUAGAAAAAGUUCCAAGCCUUUUACGUCAUUGUAUGAAUCAAUGUUGUGGUCUUACUGGUAUAGUUAUUAGAGAUGCUGGUGUUAAAGAUCAAUAUCUUAAAGAAUUGUUGGGAUAUUUGACUCCAAUGAUCCAAAAAGCAAUCACAACACGUAAUUGGAGAGAAAUGGAAGAUGUAUCAAAUAUUAUUUACAAAUUUUGCAAUGCCUACAAGUUUAGCAGUCUUUUAGUUUUACCAAAUGAACUCGUAUUACCAUUCUUAAGAUACACUACCGAAUUUGUAUUCUCAUCUUUGACCUUAAUGAAAAUUUGGGCAAAACAUGGUGAAGAAGAAUUGGAAGAAGAGUUUGAAAAUGAUUGCUUUAGUAUCCUCUUAAAAGCAUUUGUUGCUCUAAUUUCAGAUGCCGAUAUUAUCGUAUCAAGAAGAAAAUCAUCAACAUUUGAAAACUUUACAGAACAAUUCACCUGCUUAAAACAGUGCACAGCUCAAAUUUACCAAACAUAUGUUCAAAGCAGAUUGGAACUUUCAGAAAUCGAGUUAAAUAAGGAUAGUGAUCAAUUAGAACCAUCAGCUGUUCAAGAAAAUGAAAUUGAUGAAGAUAAACAUAAAUACGAAGAACAAUUAAAAUCAGUUGCAUACAUUGGUCGUUUAAAUCCAGGUCAAUCGAUGGAUCUUUUAAAAAAUGAAAUUAAUAAAAGAAUUUCGUUAUUAAAAGAGCGUAUUAGUGAUCCAGUAAUUUUUGAACAUCUCCAUUGGUUAUUCAUUUUCUCUGGCCAUCUCUUAUUUGAUUCAGAAAACAAAACAUUAUCUGCAAUUCCAAAUGCAAUCGAAGAUUACACAUUCCAAUUAUCCUCUGAAAAUCCAAAUGCUCCAGACAGUGUAGUCGAAUUAUCAAAUGCAGUUUUCCGUUUUGGUUUAGAAUAUGAAAAUCCACUUUUAAAAAACAAUCAAGCCGAUAAAGUAUCCCCAUUGGUAUCCCAAACUAGCUUGUGGUUUUUAAGUGGAUGGAGUUUAGUUUACUUACUACCAUCAAAGAGCUUGAAUGUUAGAGUAAGCCCAAAAAUUUUAGAGGCUUAUGGAAGUGAACAAUCAGUAUCAGGUAUUGCAGAUUAUCUUGUCGAUAAAGUUCUCUUCAAUUUAAAAUGCUGGUCAGGUGACAUCGAUGUAUUAAAAGCAACCUCAGUAUUAUUAAAUUGUUUAUGUUCAAAUAAAGACUUUUGCAAAUUUUUAGUUAAAACCAACAACUGGCCAAAGCUUUUUUAUUUAGAAGGUUUACAAGAAGGUCAAUUAACCCCAUCAGUAUACGGUCAACUCUAUCAAGCAUUUAAUAAAGUUGUUUUUUCAUUCAGCGAUGAUAAUAAAAAGCAAUACUAUAUGGAAUUGGUCAAGACUAUGGUAGAGCAAUUCGAUUCAGUUCUUGGACGUCCAGAUUUCACCAAAAUUUCACAAGACGCUCGUGUUAAAGAAAAUAUCUAUAUUCUUUUAGAAAAAUUGAAUGGUAUUGUUUCAGUUAGUGAAAGUCUAUUCGUUGAAGAUGUUGAAAAUAGUUUAUUCCUUACAUUGGACCUUUUCACCAAAUAUGCAAAUGCAUUAAUCGCAAUGAUUCCAUUAUAUGACCAUUGCAACGAUGUUGUUUUAUUAAUUUUAAGAUUAUUUUCAAAUCUUACAAAGAAUCAAUUAGAAUUUUUAACAGAACCUAGAGCUAAGCAAAUCUAUCCAUUCAUCAUUCAACUAUUCAACUCUGUUAGUUCAACAUCAAGUCAUAAAAAAUCUUUAGAUUCGAAAGAAUACUAUUCAAGAAUUAAAAUGAUGGUUAAAAUUUUAUUCAAUAUUAUUACCUUUAAUGAUCAAAGUAACAAUUGCCCAAAUUUAAUUGCCGAAACUACAUUCUAUGGUAUAAAUAUUAUUACACCAUGCUUAACAAACAACGAUUUAUUAUUAUUCCCAAAAUUAGCAAGAAAUUAUUUCAUUAUUACAACAUUUUUAUUUGGAUCCGAAUCAAUUCAAGUUAAAGAUAUUCCACAAAUCAAUACUAUAUAUUCUUUAAUUGAAGCAGGUAUUUUACAUCACGAUUUAGAAAUUGUCAAAGGUUGUUUCGAAUGUAUCGUUAGUUUAACUAAAAAUCUAGAAACCACUCACGAAAAAACUGGAGCCAUUGAUCAACACUAUCAUCAAGUUAUCAUUCAAUUUAUUGGUUCUGUAAUUAAUUUCCUUUUAUUACAAGAUUUUAAUGUCGAUGAUUUAUUAGCAAGUGCCUCUGAAACUUUAUUCGCUUUAAUGUGCUCAAGUCCUGAUGGCUAUAGAUCAAAAGUAAUUGACUUAAUUACACGUCAAGAUUCUAGUAUCCAAAAUAGAGUUGCUCAACAAUUUGAAACUUUAACUAUUACUGGAAAAGAUAGAAAAUCAAAAGAGGCUUUUAAUAAAAGAUUACAACAAUUUUUAGUUAAUGUUAAACCAUUAAUUUCUAAAAAAUAA